AUGUUCUUUGUGAAGGGGGUCAAAGCAACACGAGUCACACAACAAAGGGUGAUUUAUAAGACAUUGUGGGGAAAUGAGCUAAAGGACAAAAAAAGGACAGAAACGGCGCAGAAGGCCGGGGAGGACAGAGCCAUUCUGCUGGGGUUGGGAAUGGUGUUCAGCUCGGUCAUGAUGUACUUUGUGAUCUGUAUCACCAUGGUGCGUGCUUAUGCAGACAGUGUAUUGACAGAUGAAACCACCUGCACUGUGCUAAACUCCACUCUAACAAAGGAUAUCAAUUGUUCAUACAACUGUGGCUCAGACUGCUGGCGGAGCUCUAAGUACCCCUGUCUACAGGUCUACGUCAGCCUGAACGCCACCGGCCGCAUUGGGCUGCUCUCUCACAAUGAGGAGAUGCUGGACGUCAGUUCUGAGUGUUUUUAUGUGCCAAAAUGCCAGAAGGACCACACCGCUCUGCGUGUUAUGGUCCAGAAUAUUUCGGAGCAUCUGAAGAUGCACCAGCAGGUGACAUGUUACCAUGACUCCAGCGAGCAUCAGGGCAGCAUCCUCCUGAACCGUCUGUAUGGCAGCAGUACAGUCUUCCACUCUCUCUUCUGGCCCUCUUGCAUGUUAUCUGGAGGAACCCUCAUCAUAUUCAUGGUCAAGCUGACUCAGUAUCUUUCCAUACUGUGUGAACAAAUUGGCAAAGCCCCAAAGUGA